UUGUCUUUCUGUUCUUGAUUUCAUGUUUAAGGGUGCUGAUGAAAGGGAAACCUACAUUUCUUAAUUUGUUAAUUCAAGUUUUGUAUAAAACUCCAUUUAUGUCUUCCAUGUUGUAUGGUUUUGUCCUUGAAGCACAAAGGAUAUUAAUCUUAUACCAGUGCAGAAUGGAAGAGCUGCGAUAAAAAAUCUGAAGGCCAACUUCCGAAGGUUGAAGGCAGAGAUGCAAGAGAUUAGCAAGGAUCAACAAAACAUCAAAGAAGGCCAGAAACAAGUGAGAGAAAAAUUGGAAGCAAUUGAAGCCGAAUGUGCACAACUCAGGAAUGAAACUGAUCUAAUGAUCCGACAGAGCGCUGCCAGCAAACUUAAUCUCUGUCUCAUGUUUAAGAUCCUCAAGGCUCGUGAAGAAGGCGAUUUCGCUAAGGCCACUCAGCUUGCUCAAUUGCUUCGUACAAUAUUGGCAAGGCAGAACGAGCAAAGGCAGGGAUCUAUGUAAAUGACAAAUGCUCUUCCAAGUAUGUCCGCCCCUGAGUGCAGAGUUAUGUUUUGCUUUCUUUGUCUAUCUAUCUGUUCUUGAUUUCAUGUUUAAGGUUGCUGAUGAAAGGCAACCUACAUUUCGUAAUAUGUAAAUUUCAUGUUUUAUAUAAAAACUUCAUUUUGUC